GCUUCACUUCCGGCGCUUUUGUAGAGCCGCUUGUGCUGGGGCCAAGUGUUUUAACCCCGCCGGCGGCCUGGCCGGGUGCGGCUCUGGCUUGAGAACGCGGCCGUAGGCGCAUGGAAGGCCCCUCGGAAGGGGAGGCGCCCGCGGCGGCGCUGGCCGCCGUGCUGAAGCACAGCUCUGCGCUGCCGCCCGAGAGUGCCCAGGUCCGGGGCUAUGACUUCAACCGCGGUGUGGAUUACCGCGCACUGCUGGAAUCCUUCGGCACCACCGGCUUCCAGGCCACCAACUUCGGGCGCGCGGUGCAGCAAGUCAACGCAAUGAUCGAGAAGAAGCUGGAGCCGCUGUCACAGGAGGAGGACCAGCAUGCAGACCUGACCCAGAGCCGCCGCCCGCUCACCGGCUGCACCAUUUUCCUGGGCUACACGUCCAAUCUCAUCAGCUCGGGCAUCCGUGAGACCAUCCGCUACCUUGUACAGCACAACAUGGUAGAUGUCCUGGUGACCACGGCGGGGGGCGUGGAGGAGGAUUUCAUCAAGUGCCUGGCACCCACCUACCUGGGCGAGUUUAGCCUCAGGGGGAAGGAGCUCCGGGAGAAUGGGAUCAACAGGAUUGGGAACCUAUUGGUGCCCAAUGACAAUUACUGCAAGUUUGAGGAUUGGCUCAUGCCCAUUCUGGAUCAGAUGGUGCUGGAGCAGAACACAGAGGGUGUGAAGUGGACACCGUCCAAGAUGAUCGCCCGGCUCGGCAAGGAGAUCAACAAUCCAGAGUCGGUGUAUUACUGGGCCCAGAAGAACCAUAUCCCUGUGUUGAGCCCAGCGCUCACGGAUGGCUCGUUGGGUGACAUGAUCUUCUUCCAUUCCUACAAGAAUCCUGGCCUGGUCCUGGACAUCGUUGAGGACCUGAGGCUCAUCAAUACACAGGCCAUCUUUGCCAAGCGUUCUGGAAUGAUCAUCCUGGGUGGGGGCCUGAUCAAGCACCAUAUUGCCAAUGCCAACCUCAUGGUGAGUGGGCUCACGGAGGGCAGUAAAAGGGUGCAGGCUGGGGGAUGUGGUCUAUCCCGGCUCUUCAGCCUGGCAUUCAUGGCCCUGUCUGACCUGGAUCUUGCCACCCUGACGUUUAUUUGCUGA